ACUCUUCUUUGUGUUUCUAUUCGCUUUCGAAAACGACUUAUGACUUCGUAGACGUCUAUCCAAUUGUCCUGUUUUCGGAAUCGCGCAAGUUUAUUCACUUAUCAGCCGAAUAUCUUGAGACCGGCGUACUUCGACUAGUUUAAUUUGCUGAUCCAUAUAGCUAGAUCAGAAUGGAAGAACACAUUGAGCAAGGAAACCAGAAGCUAGAGCGAGGUGAAUAAUAGGAGAACAACAAACAGUUAAUCAUGAUCAAAGGACUAAGGAAGUUUCACGGAGUACCGAUUCCUGCUCGGAAGGAGAGGGAUGAAGAUCUUCUUUUGUUCCGGGAGCUGCAUAAGAAGGAGAGAGAUCGCCUCGUCAGCCUCCUCCAACCUGUUUCUGAAGAAUUUGAAGCAAGUGGGAACUAUCCGUUAUAUCGGAUGACAUCUGCAAAAAAAGGAUCAGGAGAUGAAUUUCUUGGUGACAGCGAAAAAAGUGACUACAACUGGUUGAAAACUCCACCGGCGACACCUUUGUUUCAAUCUUUGGAGAUGGAUGCAACCGCCUCACAACUCGCUGUUCAACGGGAGUUACCAAUAGUCCUACCUCUUUCACGGUUUGCAGGCAAUUCAGUGACAACUAACGAAAGCAGUGACAGAAUAAAAUCUCCAAACCCAAAACAAAAGGCUCCUCCAAGGUCGGUGACCCCGAGCCAGAGGCCAAGCGUUUCGGCAGCUCCUGAAACUAAAGCUCCCACUAAAAACAAACCUAUUAUGUCCAGCAACCAGAAAAUGAACCAAUCAAUGAUCAGCAUCGACACUCCCAUCAGCAGAACAGCGAAUGCAGUUCGAACAGUUGCAAAGCCAAUACUGAACACUCAGCGGAAAGAAGGACCUCUGAGUUUCUUGGCUUCAAACCUCUCAAAAAGCAUGGGAACCUCAGAUACAAAAUUGAACACUAUAAGCAGAGGAUUGUCGCCUAUGGUGAGGUCGACAAUUCCAGUUCAAGCUCCAGGAUAUACUGAUGAAAAAACUCGUAACCAAAGGACCAACAGGUCAUCCUCUGUUGCAAGGACAGACAGGUCAUCCUCUGUUACGAGGACAGACAGGUCAUCCUCUGUUACGAGGACAAACAGGUCAUCAUCUGCCUUACGGGGUAGAAAUCAAAAUCAAAGUUUACUACCUGCUGCGAAUGUUAAUGCUGUCCAAAAACCUGAAUCCAGCCCCAAGACAAUUACAAGGCAAUCGUGUUCACCAAGUGUGAUGAGGGGUCGCAAGGUGGAAACAGAAAAGGAAAGCAUCAUGAGUAAUAAAGUGGAGACAUGUAGUCAUGAGAUUACAAACAAAGCACGAACACAAUUGGCAGGAGGAAAUGGAACACAAUUCCAGGGGAGUCGGAUGGUGGACAAGUUCAUGAAUGCUAGAAAGUCGAGCACAGAAGAAAAAGAAACAAGGUCGAACUUGCGUGGUUCGAUCAAUGAGAGCUAUGGCUAUGGAAGGAACAUGAUGUCCAAGAGUUUAUUGGAUAUGACUCUAAAACACACGGAUGUUAAAAGAGAACCAGCUUGGGCUCGUAAUUUCCAUCGAGCUAGUACUACCAGUGGAAGAAAUGCAAAUGCAAGAAUCAAAAGUCCUCCAAGUUCAUCAUCAACUUCAGGAGCAGCUUAAGAGAGAUUGCGCGUUAAAGUUUGUAGUAUAUAAGAAGAUACCAGAUACUGUUGCAAUCAUACGAUGAGUAACCACUUUAUAUCAUUUUCUAAGUAUGGUUAUUAUUCAAGAGUUACAUUAUUUUGUUGGGGUAGGUAGUAUGGCAUGGAUUGUUUUAACUUAGAAUACAGAAAACACAACAAACCUAAGAUACUUUGGUUUAUAUUGUUCUCACUUAGAACAAAUAGCAAUGAUCAGAUAUUACGAUUACAGA